AUUGCUCAGGUUGCGCCCAGCUCCCAUCCUCCCCUUCUCACCGAGUACGAGGAGCGAGAAAAGAAAGCGACUUUCCUCCAAGCAUGGCGGGCGCCGGCGCCGACGACGACGUGGUGGAGGUUAGCUGCGGUGGAGACGGCCGCGACCCCGGCGCGUACGCGGCGGUGCUCAAGAGGAGGCUCGACCUGUACUGCGCCGCCGUCGCCAAAUCCAUGGAAGCUAAAUCACAAGAAUCUUCGUUGGGCUACCCCAACUCACAAGCUUCAGACACUUCACAAUUGAUUUCUCAAGCUUCCUUUGAUGAUGAUGGAGAUGGGGCAACCAUAGUUACAAACUCAAAUAUCAUAGACCAUGAGGAUUUUCGAGGAAAUCCAGCUAACAGUGGUACAUCAAAGGAACAAUCAGAUGAUGAUGGCGAUCUUGAGGAGAAUACUGACCCUGCCAAUACAAAGAAGAUGAGGAGAAUGCUGUCAAAUCGAGAAUCAGCUAGGCGAUCAAGAAAGAGGAAGCAAGUGCACAUGACCGAUCUUGAAUCACAGGUUUCCAAGUUAACAUCUGAAAAUGCAUCUUUGCUAAAGCGCCUGGCUGAUAUGACUCAGAAAUACAAGGAUGCGACCCUUGACAAUAGAAAUCUUACAGUUGAUGUUGAGACUAUGAGGAGAAAGGUGAACAUAGCUGAGGAAGCUGUUAGGAGACUAACUGGAACAACCCUCCUGUUAUCCACCACAUGUGACAAGACAGCGAGCAGCAUGCGCUUGACUUCAUGUCCAUCCGAUGCGGGUUCUGCUUCUGUCACCACUGAAGAUAGCAUGGAACAUUUUCUUCAGGCACAACUUCAAAGCGAUCUGAUCAAGCUUGACCUCCCAAAUGCAGCAAUUCUUCUGACCAGUGGGGAGAUGGGCACCAAGCCAGAUUCUCUGCAACGUGUUGCUAGCUUGGAGGACCUGCAGAAGAGGAUCCAUAGAGAUUCAAUACAUUCUGAGAUUGCAUCAACAUUCUCAGACCCUGAAGCUCUUGCCAAUGGGUAACGUGAUUUAUAAAGAUAAAAUCUAUGAUGAGCGGAGUUGUAAAGCUCUAGCGUGCUAAAUUUUUUGUGGUAUGGAACUUGUAGCACCCAUAUCUGGGUGAGAUCUAUACUGUGAUUUGUACACUAUCUUGAAGGUAAAUAAUCUGUGCUUAAGACUGAAACGUUUGACUCUCUGCACUUCUUAGCCUUAUUGAUAUAAAAAAAAGACGCCCCACUUCUUUA